CCGUGUGCCUCCCGUCUCUGCAUUUUGGGUCCUUCAUGCUCACCAGCCCCCCCAACCUGACACACGCAUGGGCAGUGACGUAUGUUUCAGAAGAUGUGCGAUUGGCCGUUCUGCAUGUCAAUCAUGUCCCGUAUUCUGAGUGAGGAUUUUGAUUGGCUGGUGGAUUUUUUAGAAAGUACAUUUUUUUGGGCUAUUUAUCUUUGCUGACCUGCGAUCUACCCUCAUGUUCUUGAAGAUCAACCGGUCAAUCGUGAUCGACGUAAUGAGCACCCCUGGUGUAGAGUAUGUAUACUUUGAAUUAUGUUAUUAAUGCAACAGCUAAACCAGGGGUCUGCAACCUCUAAAAGAACCAUUUGGUCCAUUUUCUUGAGGACAAAACUAAGUGAGAGCGGCAAAAUCUCAGUACAUUUGGAUAUAGCAUGGAGCUUUUACAUGUUUACAAUAAUUAAACUAUAACAGUGUUAUAUUUUUCAGUAAGCUAUCUAACAGUUUUGAUUUAUUUUUAUUUGACAUCAGCACAUUCUAAUUUCUUUCAAAAUAAAAUUGAGUGUCAAAAAAGAUCCUCCUAAAGCAGUAAAUUUACUUGCACGUAUUAUAAUGCAAUUCUCCCAUUUAAAAUGGUGCAUGGUUACCAUGGCGCCGCGUGUGUGGCAGCUUAUCUGGGCAGCUCUACCUUUUUGUUUUCCUUACUUUGCGUUUUUUAAUAUUUUCUUCCAACUUAUUUGUGUUUUUUGUAUUUUUCAACAACUAUUACGAAGUUCUGCGUCAAAGGACAGGAACAUUAUUACUUUUGCUUUUUUGUUUUUUUUAUUUCUUCUCAACUUUUUGAACCGGCCUCGGAGGAUCCGUUAGGAUGCAGCUCCAUUGUUUACACUCGAGAUCAGCUGUUAGCUCUUGGACGAGUUGAGAUUCUCCUCGCUGGAAAGCCAGAUGUUCCAGCUGAAAUACAGAGGAAACGACGAGGCUGCAGAGCUGGAGUUAAACGCCGGGAGAGAAGACGGAGCGGGUGUACCGUGAGAGCAGCCUGCUGUGUUUCACCGAGACGUGGCUCAACCAGGACAUGACAAACUCCGUGGUCUCAGUUACUGGAUUCAUGCUGGUGCGGGCGGACCGGAGCGCGGCGCAGAGCGGAAAGAAGAAAGGCGGUGGUCUGGCGGUGUUCGUGAAUGACAGGUGGUGUAACCCGAACCACAUCACUGUGAAAGAACAGAACUGCAGCAAGGACAUUGAACUGGUGGCAGUCAGCGUUCGGCCGUACUACCUUCCACGGGAGUUCUCCCAUGUGCUGGUGGUGACUGUUUACGUCCCUCCGUCGGCUGACGCUGCUGUCGCUUGUGAGCGCGUGCACAGCACCGUGUCACAGCUGCAGACACAACACCCGCAGGCCCUGAUCCUGAUUUCUGGGGACUUUAACCAUGCAUGCACCCCCCUCUCCGCCACCCUGUCCAACUUCACCCAGUAUGUGAACUGUCAUACGAGGGACAAAAAAACUCUGGACCUUUUCUAUGCUAACAUCAAGAAUGCAUAUGCUUCUGCCCCCCUCCCCCCUUUAGGACGCUCUGAUCACAACCUGGUCCAUCUCUCCUCUGGGUACACUCCAUUGGUGAAACAGCAGAAACCACAGAUUAAAACGGUGAAGAUCUGGACUGAGGAGGUAACAGAGUGACUAAGGGACUGCUUUAGCACCACAGACUGGGACGUUCUCUGCAGUCCACAUGGGGAGAACAUUGACAGUCUUACUGACUGCAUCACGGACUAUGUGAAUUUUUGUGUGGAAAACACAGUGCAAACAAAAUCAGUGCAGUGUUUUUCCAACAAUAAGCCCUGGGUCACUCCUGAGCUGAAGA